AAAUACAAGAAUGCGUUGCAAGGAUUGCUUCGGCUGACCAUCCCUCACCCCCCGCGAAUUUCCUCUCCGCAUGGCACGGAAGCGCAUCACCAUCGUUGAGAGCUCAUCCGAUGAGGCCAUUAAGGAGUCGCAUGAGCGGGAGCCUCUCAAAAGAAGACGUACCGCAUCUUCUAAGUCUGAAGGACCUUCGAGAUCAGAAACCAAAGUCGCGUCGACAAACUCGUCCACGAAAAUACCUAAACGCCGGACUGCAAGAGAACCCAAACCGGCAAAAGCUAUAACAAACCUCUCUUUAAAACGCAGGCAGCCAGCUGCGAAAAUGGCGAAACUCUCCUCGCUCGGUGAUGAGAGCGAGGAGGAUAUCGAAGAGGAGGACAAUGAGCACAACGAGGACAGCCAAGAAGAGGCAGGAGAAGGAAGCGACCAACAAGAAAACGUGGACAUUGGCAGCAGUCGGAAAACGGAUGGGCGAAGUAACAAAAGUGGUCGAAAAACAGAAUCUCGAAACAGAGGCAGUUCAAGGAUAAAGUCAUCUUCAGGCGAGACCUCCUGGGUAUAUCCAAAUCUUCUUGAUCACACAAAUACCGUCGUCGAAGAGGCGACAGAUAUGGAGGUAGAACGACCCAAGGGCUACGUACUAGAACACAUUCUCAGGGCACAUUCCAGAAGCACGCACGAGGGACAGGAGGAAACAGAGACGGACACCUGGGCUGUAGCAUUCCAACCGACAUUACCCGUCAUUCGACCCAACGUCUACGGGCAGCAACGUACGACUGACAGUAGAAGCAAUGGCCAAGAGAGAGAGAAGGAUGGAACGGACAGCGAAUCGACAGAAGAUGGCGAGGACGAGGAUACAAAACGGAUACGAGACCAGAGGCGACGGCUUGCGCGACAAUACUCUCGAGAGAACAAAAGGAGCAGCAGCAUUAUUGCAACCUGUGGCGGAAAUACUGUUUGCUUAAUCGAUUGCCGACUAGGAAGGGUAAUGGCCAAGUAUAGUCAUCUAGAGGAGGAGGAGUUUAUGUGUCUAGCCUGGACGACGCUCGAUCGUUCCGUUGAUGAAAACAAAGAUGACGAUACGAAGAAUACGGAAGAAGACAGACACGAACAAUCAAAUAUCUUAGCGGCAGCAGGUCGUCUUGGCAGCAUCAAGCUGAUCAACCCGCUCCAGAAUACAUGCUAUAAAUAUCUGCAUGGGCACACAGAGUCGAUCCUUCGGCUAAAGUUCUCGCUCACCAACCCGCGAUGGCUUUUUAGUGCAUCGACUGACGGUACAGCGCGGCUAUGGGACAUUGGGUCUCUCACGGGCUUCGAGACAGAGGCAUGCUGUCUUGCAAAGUUUGUUGGACUGGACGACUCUUCCGUCACUGCGAUCGGUGUCUCGGAAAAGUACUUGAUCGUUGGCACAGAGAAGGGACUCAUGGCACAGUACAAUCUUUUUGAGCUGACAGAGGAGAUUGAGAAGAACAGGAAGCAGGCCACACAAAUGGUCAAGCCUGAACGAAUAUACCCACCGUCGCAGGAGUGGCAUGAAUCCUCGGUUGAUGAGAUUGUCUAUAUCCCGUAUUUUUCUAAAAGGUCUUAUGCGGCGAUUUCAGAAAAGGGCUCGAGUAGCAGGAAUGGCAGCACUGCGGGACAGAUGCGGGGGCGAGGGAGGGGAGGUCGUAGGGGUACUUCAGGGCAAGCACGAGGACGAGGACGAGGCCGUGGACGUGGAAGGGGGAAGUCAUCAAAGGUUGCACGACCCCAAAACAGCGACAAUGAGAAGGUUAAUGACUUUGACGAUGACAAUAGCGACGACGUUAAUGAAGGCGACGCUGCUGGAGACGGGGAGUUUAUAUUUGCGUCGCGCGAAAGCUGGCAGGGUGAGAUCCUUGUGUGGGACGCGUCCAAAAGUACGAAGACGGAUGCAGAACUCAAAACAAUUCUCGAGUGGUCUGUCACGGAGAGCUGGACCAAGUUUUCGCUGGCGGAGAACGUGGCCUGCCCAUCUUCACGACCAUUGGAAAACAGCAAUCGAGUUAAGCAGGGUGUGUCUAGCGAUCACAGGAAUUGGAAGGAGAGGCGACAGAAUGUGCUCGUGGCAGGGUCAAUGGAUGGAAAGGUCAUCCUGUUUGACCUUGGUCGGGAAGCUGUGCGUGCUUCAGACGGCAAUAUCGUUGCGGAGAAACCGGCUGCUGUCCUUUCACAUCCCGAAUCUGCAGAGUUACUGCGCGAUGUUGCAGUGUCGCAGGAUUUGAGUAUGGUCGUUGCUGGCGAUUGGAGCAACCGUGUACUGAUCUGGAAUUACUACGAUAACACUGAGCUGUGAGACAAUACUUUAUUAAGAUAAUCUCUAAAUGGAUUGACAUAACAAGCGGCUACCUAUAUCAUUAAAAUACAGAGUCGUCCUCGAUCGUUCUCUAUCGGUCC